CCCACUCGGCGGCCUACAAGGAGGAAGGAGCGGAGGAAGGCUAGCGGCUACACGGUGCGGAGCAAGACAGGCCGUGCGCAGGAGGCGGCCAUGGCGCAGCUGCUGGACAACUCGAGCGGCAUGUGGACCGUGCUCGGACAGGCCUCGAACGUGGCGCAGCUGGUGGGCGUGGACGCGCUCGGGCUGGUGUCCAUGGUCGUGCAGGCCGCGCUGGCGGCGCGGCGGCACCGCGACGCGUGCCGGCGGCUGGCGCAGCACGUGGAGAUCGUCGGCGGCCUGCUGCGGGAGCUCGAGCUCGCCGAGCUGAUGCGCCGGGAGGCCACGCGGCGGCCGCUCGAGCAGCUCCGGGGCGCGCUGCGGCGAUGCUACGCGCUCGCCACGGCGUGCCAGGACUGCGGAGGUGGGUACCUCGGGCGCCUGUUCUGGGGAACCCGGAUGGCCGCGGAGCUCCGCGCCGCGGAGCAGGAGAUCGACAUGUUCAUCCGCCUCGUCCCGCUCAUCGCGCUCGUCGACACAACACAUGAUCGCGGGGCUAAGCAGGCCGCUAAGGGAGUGCCAGGCGCAAUCACGAAUAGUUCGAACCCUCAAAUCAGGUUCUCAAGAAGUGCUUCAGAUUCCACCGAAAUACACAUUAUUCAAGGAGGUAAUCAAGUUUGUGAUGUUGCAAAACAAGCAGAAGGAGCAGUUGACUUGCAAGAACAGAAAAUUCUGGACACUGAAGAAUUGUUGGAGCUCUGCUUACGUACUGAAGAGUGUUGUCCGGGAUUCAAAAAGUUUGAAUUCUUUCAGAUUGUUGAUGCUACAGACAAUUUUUCAGAAAAUAGAAACGUCGGGUAUGGUGGAUUUGCUACAGUUUACAAGGGUCAAUUGCCUAAUGGACUCAUGGUUGCCGUCAAAAGGAUGGAUGUAUAUGCUACAGUAUUUGAUUUCAGCAGUGAAUUUCUGCUUGCAAGGCUUCAGCAUACCAAUCUGAUUAGAUUAUUGGGUUGGUGCAUCCAUGAGAAAGAAAGGAUUUUACUGUAUGACUUCAUGCACAGGGGUAGCCUGCACCGGUUCAUCUUUGACGAAAGAAAUGGUUCAUUGCUAGACUGGUCUAAGCGACUUAAUAUAAUUAAAGGGUUAGCUGAUGGACUUGUUUACCUUCACAAGCAGUCCAUGUUGUGGAUUGUUCAUAGGGAUUUGAAACCCCAAAACAUCCUCUUAGAUCAUGACAUGAACCCAAAGAUUUCUGAUUUCGGAUCAGCCAGAAGUCUAAGUUCAGAUGUAGCAGAAGAGCGUACAAGCAGGGUUGUGGGAACUAGUGGUUACAAAGCUCCGGAGUACACAUCCCGUGGCAUUUAUUCACUAAAGACAGAUGUCUUUAGCUUUGGGGUGAUCGCUUUAGUGAUCAUAAGUGGGCGAAAAAAUACCAUAAUGGAGCAGCAAGGAGAUUCUAUUGGUACCCUCGUAAGAGAUUCUGGGAAAAAUAUAUAUCAGGCAUGGCAAUUGUGGAAUGAUGGAAGGUUACAUGAGCUUGUAGAUCCAAUACUGGGCGGUGAUGGAUUUGAACCUGCAGAGUUAAUGCGGUAUGCUCAAGUGGCACUGCUAUGUGCUCAGGAAGAACCAACAGAUCGCCCCACCAUGUCGGAUGUUGUGGCACUUCUGAACUUUGAAAGCAUAAGCUUGUUACCAGAUCCUAAACAUCCCUCAGACCUGAUUAAGGGAGGUGCUGCUAGCGAUAAGUUAUUGACGUAUGCUAGCCAAUCAAGUAGGACCAUAGAUAUAACCAUUACAAGUUCAGCUCCCGUGUCAACUAGAGUCCGCAUCAUUGUAGAGCCAGAGACCUGAAAACCAUUUAAUUAGCAGAAAGUUGAAACUGGAAAUGUGAUGGGGUUUUGCCUGUUGAUGUAGAAAUGUCACAUGUUAAAAACAUCAUCUUUAAUAUUAUAUAUGUUGGGAAAUUUUAUAUGUUA